AUGAUAGAUAUUGAGGCGGUGGUCAAAGGGAAACAAGUUUUUCUUACUUUUGUUUAUGGGGACCCGGUGCAAAAGUUAAGAGAACAAGUAUGGGAAAGACUAACUCGGUAUGGAUUAUCACGUUCUGAACCAUGGUUUAUUAUUGGAGAUUUAAACGAGAUUACUGGAAAUCAUGAAAAGGAUGGGGGAUCACUAAGAAGUGCUACUUCCUUCAUACCCUUUAACAAUAUGAUAAGGAAUAGUGGCUUACUAGAGUUUCCGGCCCGCGGAAAUAAAUGGUCAUGGCAAGCAAAGAGAGGUAAAGGAAAAGGAGCAAUGACGAUCAGAUGUCGAUUGGAUCGGGCUUUGGCAAAUGAGGAGUGGCAUACACUUUUCCCUUGUUCUUAUACAGAAUAUUUGAGGUUGGUGGGCUCUGAUCAUCGUCCGGUGCUAGCUUUUUUGGAGGAUAAGGUAUUACAGAAAAAAAGGGGUCAGUUCAGGUUUAAUAAGCGAUGGAUCGGACAGGAGGGACUUAUGGAAUCAAUUGCGGCAGGUAGGACAGAUAAUCAAGAAGGACAAUCAGAGGAUGUUGUUACAAAAAUUAAUAAUUGUCGUCAUGAAAUUUCAUCAUGGCGUAAGGAUAACCAACCAUACGGGAAGGAUAAAAUUAAAGAUUUUCAAAAUGCACUUGAGGAGGUCCAGUCAGAUAAUAGUAGAUCACAAGAAGACAUCCUUACGGUGUCCAGAAAGUUACAAGAGGCAUAUAAGGAUGAAGAGGAAUAUUGGCAUCAGAAAAGUCGGAAUAUGUGGCAUUCAUCUGGAGAUCUCAAUACCAAAUAUUACCAUGCUCUGACAAAGCAGCGUAGGGUCCGUAAUAAAAUAGUGGGACUCCAUGAUGAUCUAGGUAAUUGGAUUACGGAGGAAAAUGGGAUUGAGAAGGUGGCGGUAGAUUAUUUUGAUGGUCUUUUUAGCACUACAAACCCAACGGACUUUGAUAAUUUUCUGGAUGAGAUAGUGCCGUCUAUUUCACCCCAAAUGAAUCAGAUUCUAUUGAGGACAGCAACAGAGAAAGAGGUUCGUCAGGCUCUUUUCAUGAUGCACCCAGAGAAAGCGCCAGGCCCGGAUGGAAUGACAGCCCUGUUUUUUCAGCACUCCUGGCAUAUUGUUAAGAGGGAUGUGGUUGAGAUGGUGAAUAACUUCUUGGUUACAGGCAACUUGGAUCCACGGGUUCUCCUAAAUGGCCAGCCGCGAGGCCUUAUAAUUCCCCAGCGAGGUCUACGUCAAGGGGAUCCAUUGUCUCCUUAUUUAUUUAUUAUGUGCACUGAGGCUUUAAUUGCGAAUAUUAAGAACGCGGAGAGGGUGAAACAAUUAACCGGUAUGAAGGUUGCGAGAGCUUGUCCGGCAAUCUCUCAUUUGUUAUUUGCCGACGAUAGCCUUUUCUUUUGUAAGGCAAAUAGAGAAGAAUGUCAAACUAUUCUCAGGAUUUUAAAAGAGUACGAGGCUGUUUCAGGACAACAAAUUAAUUUUCAGAAAUCCUCAAUUCAAUUUGGACACAAGAUUGAAGAGUCUAGUCGACAAGAGUUGCGAGAUAUUCUAGGUAUUCAGAAUUUAGGAGGAAUGGGAUCUUAUCUGGGAUUACCCGAAAGCCUUGGAGGAUCUAAGGUCCAAGUAUUUGGAUUUGUUCAAGAACGCUUAAACAAUAGGGUAAAUGGAUGGACUUUUAGAUAUUUUACUAAAGGUGGGAAGGAGGUGAUCAUUAAGUCGGUGGUUACGGCUCUGCCAAAUCAUGUCAUGUCUGUUUAUAGAUUACCAAAAGCUACAGUUAAAAAAUUAACGAGUCUUGUAGCGAAAUUUUGGUGGAGCCCAGGGGGAAGCACAAAAGGAAUGCAUUGGAAAUCAUGGGAUAAAUUAUGUCUCCCUAAAGAUAAUGGUGGUUUAGGUUUUAAGGAUCUUAUGGAUUUUAACACGGCGAUGCUUGGAAAGCAACUGUGGAGGCUAAUUGAGAAGCCAAACACUCUUUUCUCGAGAGUCUUUAAAGGACGGUACUAUAGGAAUGCUUCACCCCUUGAACCGAUCCGAUCUUACUCCCCGUCAUAUGGCUGGAGAAGUAUGAUUUCUGCUAGAUCUCUGGCAAUUAGGGCUUUGGUGGAUCCUCAUGAUGCAAAGAUUAUUGAAAGUAUUCCAUUAAGUAGACACCAGAUGGAAGAUAGGAAUGGAUGGCAUUUCACUAAUAAUGGAAAAUAUUCGGUCAAAUCAGGGUAUCAAGUGGAACGAGUCUAUCCUGAUAAAGAAAAACCACCAGAUUUUUAUGGACCCACAGUGGAUACGUUAAAAGCCUUCUGUUGGGAAGUGCGGUGCCCGCCGAAGUUAAAGCAUUUCCUAUGGCAACUCCUUUCGGGUUGUAUAGCGGUAAUGAAGAAUCUUCGGGGGAGAGGGAUACAAGGAGAUAUUUGUUGUGCUCGAUGUGGAGACCCGGAGGAAUCAAUAAAUCAUGUGUUUUUUGAAUGCCCUCCAGCACGUCAAGUAUGGGCUUUAUCUAAGAUACCAUCGAAUCAGAACUAUUUUCCUACUUGUUCGUUUUUUGGUAACAUGGAUCAUCUCUUUUGGAGAGUUACUCCAAAGAUGGAUGAUCACCAAUUCGCAUGGAUAUUAUGGUAUAUAUGGAAAGGUAGGAACAAUAAGGUGUUUAGCAAUCUGGAUAUUGAUCCAAGGGAAACACUUCGAUUAGCAAAACUGGAAUCGACACUUUGGGCUGAAGCACAGCUACUUGAGAUAAUAGCUUCUUUCUUUGUGUACAUGACAAGACCUGGUCCAUGA